CAGCAGCAGCAACAGCAGCGGCCAAACACCAACAUGAACAGCCUGAUCGUCCUGAGCGCCGUUCUGGCAGUAGCAGUGGCCACCCCCGGCUACCUGGGUGCUGCCCCCGCUGCAGUAGUAGCGCCGGCCGCCUACGCCGCCCCCGCAGUGGUCGCCGCCCCCGUCCACCCUGGGUACGCCGCCUACGGCCCUGCCCCCAUCGCCGUCCGCUCUGACGGCUACCUGCUGGACACCCCUGACGUGGCUGUGAACAAAGCCGCCCACCUGACCGCCGUCGCCCAGACGAGGGCCCGCGACGCCAUCAUCAACAGCGCCGCUGUGCUGGCCGCACCCGCCGUCGCCGCACCCGUGGCUUACGCCGCCCCCGGAGCCCUCGCGGCCGCCGCCCACCUUCACGCCAAAGCUGCUCUGCUGGGCUGA